GUUUCGAUCCCUACUUUGGCCUCUGUCAGGCUAAGGCUUAUCAUCAUCAUCAAUCACCAGUCGGGGGGCCAAACCUUGUUACUCCCUCGAUUAACGGUUCCGAGGUAGACAAGAGGCAGUUGGACGAGACUCCAAAAGAGGAAGAUGCCAGCUGUAGCGCUGGUGAUCUGAGCACACAUAUUGAGACUCCAUCUCCUGGCAACGCUGUCGCCGAACCGGAAGGCUCGGUUCGUGAUGGAGAGCUACAGGAAGGCUCACUACCAGAUCAUGACUUAUCGAAGGAGGUCCUCGAUGAGGCGGCAGAGGCGACGACGGCCAUUGAUGAUAAAGCCGAUGCCUCGGAUAUCCUACCGGCCAUACCCUUGGACAACUCGGCUGCUGCUACUGGGGAUGACGAUGUGGCUGACGACAAGUGGCAUGGUGAUGAUGAGGAGGCUGGCUGGAAGAGGGGACGAAACUGGUCCAAGUGGGACAAUGGUGAUCGUCGUGGUGGUGGUGGAUGGAAAGGCAAUUGGAAGGGUAAGUGGAAGAAGGAUGAGUGGAAGAAGGAUGAGAAUGGCAAGUGGGUUGAAGUGAAUAAAUCCAAGGAUGAUGAUAAUAACAAUAAUGAUGAGGAUGGUGAGAGUAACGAUAAGGUUGAUGAUAGUAAUGGUACGAAGGAGGAUAAUAACCGUCGAUGGGGUGGUUCCUGGGAGAGGACUCUCGACAAGGACGCUGCUCCUGAGAGUGGAGAGAGUGAGGAUGGGAAGGCCAAGGAGACCAAGGAAGAGCGGAGGAAGAGGCGACAAGAGGAAGCUGCUAAGUUCGCCGACCCCGACGUGAUAGCUGAGCUGGAGAGGGACUACGCCAUGACGCUCUCUAAAGUUGUGGAUGAGAAGAGGAAGUUCCAGGAGAAGUUCGAGCAGCUAUCUCGUGUCAUCCAGGCUGCUGAGGUCCGCCAGAAGGAUAUGAAUUUGGCUGGACAUAACUUAAUUCAUCAACUCAAGGCUGCACUCGAGGACUUCGAUAAAGCAGACCAGGGUCAAGGCGGGGCUAUGGAGGAGGCUGUCAAGACUAUCCCGGGGGCUAAUUCGCAAGAAGUUGACAACAGUGCACCUGCUGGUUUUGAAUGGCGUCAUGUCGAGAAAGUCGGCAUUAGCUCCCGCGGCCCUCCUUUACCAUCACAGGAGGAGAUCUAUGCCCAAGCUGUGAACUUUGGCCAGGUCCACUCGUAUAGUGAUAGAUGGGGAGAAUUCCUCUGA